AUGUCGCGUGAAGAACAGCAACAACUUCUUGACGAUGACGGUGAUGGUGAGCAAGCAGACGACGAUGGAUGCUAUCCACCUCGCAAAGACAGUAUUCCCUGGCAGCCCAAUCCUCACAGACAAUUGCCCAUUUAUACGACGAUCCAUCGCAUCAGAAGACUUGUGAUUGCAUGCAUUGAUGAUCCUUACAGUCUUGAUCAACUCAAGAGUCCCCGCAUGAACACUGCCGUUGUACGGCCGCUACUUGAUCAUCUCUACGACCCCGACGACGUAUCUAUCGUUUGGUGCCUUCUGGUCAACCGCGUGCAAUUCCUGCGUCAACAGUCGUUUCAAGCUCAUCACCAGACUGUCAAUGUCACUCGCGCCAACCUGUGCGAAGUUCUGGCCAGUCGCAUCUUGCGCCGCUUCGAUGAGGACCAUAGCGGUCGUGAAGGACUUCUGACCCUGGCCAAUGUGUUGGUAUCCGGAUUUGAGCCGUUCCAAAAUGCUCCUCCCUCGGUCGACAGAGGCGGUCGACCUCACUCUGCGCUGGCCGAGGGUUGGUUCCAGUCAGGCCGCGAACGAGUCUUGACAGCACUCGAGGUUGCCAUCAUCUCGGAGUCAAAGAGCUUCUUGGCGGCAUCCGCCUGCCAGAAAAUCGUAGAUGCGGUUUACAGAGGCCGCAUCAUCUACACGCCUACUGCAUUUAUUGACAUUCUGCCAGACCGAUACAAGAACCGCCGGAUUUCUCUGUACGACCCUCGCAAAGCACCAAUUCUCAACCAAUAUCGUCUCAUCGUCCCUCGUAACCGCAAGAUCAUCGAGAUCGUACAGUUUCUUGUGCUGUUCGGUCUGUAUCUGCUGACAAUGUUCAACAAGGCCAAGGAGUUUGGACCCGGUCAUCUGCAGUUCACGACGGUAGAACUCAUCUUCGUUGUCUACGGUAGUGGUUGGGUGCUCGAGGAGCUUGCGUCGGUUCUAGAACAUGGAUGGUCGGUGCACACUGAAAAUCUGUGGGCUUUCAUGGACAUAGCCUUCUCCUUGAUCUACCUGAUCUACUUUGGCCUUCGUAUGCAUGGCCUGAGGACUAAUUCUGGACACGUGGGCAAACAAGCACUCGAUAUUCUCUCGUUGGGAGCACCGAUCCUAAUGCCGAGACUUGCAUUCUGCUUGAUGCCCGAGAACAUGCUGUUUAUCGCACUACGAACCAUGAUGGGAGAUUUCACUUUCCUUACCAUGAUUUCCGUAUGGUGCUUUGGUGGAUUCCUGCUCGCCAUGCGCUGGCUCAGCGAGAGUCAGGAAGGCUACGCCUCUCACAGCUUCCUGGUCAUUUCCAAAUGGAUGCUCUGGAUCUGGUUCGGUCUCGAUGGUACCGGCAUCACCAAAUCUGUGGAGUUUCACAGCUGGCUAGGACCGACCCUCAUGGUCAUGUUCGCUUUCAUCGGCAACACUCUCUUCCUGACCAUCUUGGUCUCAAUGCUCAGCAACACCUACUCCAACCUCGCAAAGAACGCCACAGCCGAAAUCCAAUUCAGGCGAGCAGUCCUGACCUUCGAAGGCGUCAAAUCCGACACCCUCUUCCACUAUCGACCCCCCUUCAACGUCGCCGCCCUAGCCAUCCUCGUGCCAGUAAAAUUCCUCACCACACCCCGCUGGUUCCACAAAGUGAACGUGACAGCCGUGCGCAUACUCAACGCACCGCUUCUGCUGGCCAUCGCCCUCUACGAACGCAGAUACCUCUGGCAACGCAGCUCAAAGCUGGGCCCCCGUCGCCGCCACGCUUUCCUCGAUUUCUGGGAAAGCUUUGGCGCGCAUGCUGAUUUGGGGAUGGUGUUUGACGAGGAGCCGCCGCAGAGUGUGUUGGAUGAGAUGGAUGAUAUUGAUGAUGUGUUUGGAAAUGACGUUUGGGCUAAUGGAUACAUGAACACGAUUCGACAGAGGAGAGGCAGUAGACAGAUCAGCGAGACUAGCUCUGCCUACCCGGUGUUUAGGAACAGGAGGUCGAGAGGAGAUAGUUUGCUUCCUGCAGAGACUUGGUAG